AGGUUUUAUCUCUCCUGAGAGAGAACCCUGGUUUGCAUGUUCUCCUUGACAUGCCAGAACAGGACAGUGAUCUGGCAGCGGAUCUUGUUGCUGCUCUUCUUAAACCAAGCUACUCAGUACUGAGAAGUAACCGAAGAGCAAAAGAGGAGUUGAUAGUGGUAAAGUUUCGAGACUUUCUCCAAUGUAUUGAAGGUAAGUUGAAAGAUACUCUUUACUCAGGAUAUUUAACAAUAACGAAAUCUAGGACAGGGGUUCUAAACCUUUUGAAAGCUGGGCCCCCCCAACGCUGGAUCAAUGCAGUUAGGCCCCCCUCCUCCGGGCGCCACCCACUCAAGAUAGAUUGAUAGACAGAUUAUCUAUCUGUCUGUCUGUCUGUCUCAAUAUCCAUACAUCCAUUCUCAUCUCAGGCUGCUCUGUGCUUGGCUUCUGCUUCCUUCCUCCUCUCAACUCAUCCUCUGAAGUGUAUGUAUUCACUGAAGACAAAAAUUUUGAUGAAAUCCCUAAAUUUCUAUAUUUUUAAAUAUAAAUACCACUGGCAUAGACCAGGUUGCACCGCUGCCACACAGCACAGCUGGAGUAGUGGAGAGGAGAAGAGGAAGAGCAAGAGUAGGAAAGCAGAGACAGAGGGAAGGAGAGGAGGGGAUUGUGUACACUUUCCCAGUUGAGAACCGCUAAUCUAGGAUAUUUAUUUAUAAUCAUUCUAAUUUUUACAACCACUCAUGAAGGUUCAUGAGUUGAUAAUCUACCCAAUGUUUAUGCACUUCUAAGAACAUACCAUAGUUGCUUUUUCACCAAAGUAUAAUAGCAUGAAUGCUUCAAUCAUAGCAAACUUCAGUAUUUUUCAGUCUACUGGUUAUAACUUGAUUUUCUUUGCUUUAGAUAAAGAGCUGAGAGCCACAUUCGAAGACCUUCUUACCGACGAGGAAGAUGCUUUCCUCAACAUUCUGAGUCCCAGUCAUUCCCUGGCAUUUGCUACAGGGAGCAGCAAAGUCCCUGCCAUUGGCUUCCAGCCGACUCCGAAGUUGACAUUCAAUCAUGAUGGAAAAAAGAAUCUUCCCGUUGCACACACUUGUGCUAAUGAGCUUGAGCUUUUUGUGAAUGCAACUACAACCCAGGAUAAUGAUGAAUUCAACUACUGUUUUCUUGUUGCACUGAUGAAUGGAUCUGUAUUCAGCACAAUUUAA